AUGACCAGCAGCCAAGUACCCAAAUUUGAAGGCUGGCUGGGUAACGACCCAACCUCCGCAGAUGGAAAUAUGACAUGGGGUCCAUACACCGCCAAAGCAUGGGAUGAGACCGACAUCGAUAUUAGAAUCACACACUGCAGCGUUUGUGCCUCGGACCUAAGUACUCUGCGCAGCAGCUGGUCACCAGCUGAGUAUCCCUGUUGUGUCGGACAUGAAAUCGUUGGCGUAGCUAUCCGCGUUGGGUCAGCGGUUACCAAUGGUAUUUCGGAGGGUGACAGGGUUGCUGUUGGUCCACAAAGCGACGCCUGCCUUGGUCGUCGAGGAGAAUGUCGGGAGUGUGCAAGUGGGAAGGAAAACUACUGCCAUGUACACCUAACUGGAACGUACAAUGGUCGGUAUCUGAGUGGCGAGAAGUCCUUCGGCGGAUAUGGACGGUACAUUCGCGUGCCGUCGUACUUUGUCUUCCAGGUUCCGAAUGGUUUACCUUCUGCACACGCAGCACCGAUGAUGUGUGCUGGUGUCACGACCUUCUCUGCGUUGAAGAGGAACGGUUGCGGUCCAGGGAAGAAUGUGGGGAUUAUUGGGAUUGGAGGAUUGGGACAUUUUGGGAUUCUGUGGGCGAAGGCGCUCGGUGCAGAAAAGGUUGUUGCCAUUUCCCGGAGGUCGAAUAAGAGAGAGGACGCUAUUCGUCUGGGAGCGGACGAAUAUAUCGCCACCGAGGAAGACGAGGACUGGGUAGGGGCCUAUAAGAUGCGGAUGGAUGUGGUUAUAUGCACGGUUUCUUCCUCAAAGAUGCCACUGGAAGACUAUUUGAGUUGCCUCCGCACGGAUGGCUGUUUCGUCCAGAUAGGAUUGCCAGAAGACAAGUUCCCACCGUUCCGAGCAGGUCUACUGGCGUCCCGCUGUGCAAAAGUCGCAGGAUCGUUCAUCGGUGCACCGCACGAGAUUCGAGAAAUGCUGCAGCUGGCUGUGGACAAGAAUGUGGUUCCGUGGGUGACCGAGAGGCCGAUGAAGGACGCCAAUGCGGCUAUCGUUGAUAUGGCGAAAGGGAAGGCUAGAUAUCGAUACGUCCUCGUCAAUGACGGAUAG